AUGACGAAACACGAAAAAUGCGAUCAGGUUAUCCCCCUCGAAGAAGUUGUAAGCAAUGUUAAAACAUCUGAGCUGUUUCGAGAUUUAGAACAAAGUUUAAAAGAUGGACUUGAAAACAUAAAACGAAUUCGUGAAGAUAGAGAGAACAACUUCAAAUCUUUUCAAACCCAGAAGAGGAAAAUUUCUAUGGAAAUCGAAAAGAUAAAAGCGCAAAUCAAUCAACAUCUCGACGAAUUGAAAGAAGAUUUCAUAAAAGAACUGAAAAAAGUACAUCAUAAUAUUAAUGAUGAGAUUCAGUUAAUAAUCACGUCUUUAAAAGACCAAGAAAAAGAGAUGGAACAUUGCGACAGGACUUUACAGUACAUGAAGAGGUUUGCCUCCGAUCUCCAAACCUUCCUCGGUAUGAGGGAAGUUCAGUCGAAGGUCAACGAUACCGAAACGCGUCUCAGGUCAAUGAUUGCAAAUGAAAGUUUAGACAAUGUUGGCAUGAAAUUUGAAUUGGAUAAUAAGAUGCAGGACAUUCUUUCAUCUGUUAAGACAUUCGGUUCAAUUUCGGUUACGAAAAGUCCAUCUGCUGAAACCAAUAUGUUUAAUAAAAAGACAAGACAAGCUCAGAUAUCAAUACCUUACAGAAUGCAAUCAAUUAAGAACCUUUCUGUUGAUUUCAAACAGACGUUAGACACGUCAUGUGAGUGGUUUCGAGGAUGCUCGAUAACUCGAAAGGAUGUGCUUCUUUUCACGAAUUACUUUAAUUCCUACAAAAAGCUUAUAGCAGUCAACACUCAAGGCAAAAUUGAAUAUACCAUUCAGCUUUCCGAUCCAUACAAUGCUUUUGAUGUAGAAUGCAUUGAUGAGAAUACAGUGGCAGUGACAACUGGCAAGUCAUAUAAAUUAACCCAACUCACUGGCAUCAGUAUUGUCGAUCUAACCAAAAGAAAAGUAACAAAGUUCAUUAACCUACCUGGUUUUCCAUAUGGUAUAACAUACGACGGUAAAUCGUUCAUAUGCUGUGUAGAAGACAAAGAUUUACAUCUGGUUUCAUGUUCAGACUACAGCAUUACAACAAUACCAAAUACUACACUACCUCGAAAUUCUUACGUCUCAUCACGUGCAGGCAUGAUUUUUUUUACAAAUCCGGAUUCAAAUAAAAUAUCUUGCUGUUUAUAUGAUGGAACUGCCGUUUGGGAGUUUGAAAGAAGAAACUUUCUCCACAAACCACGUGGAAUCACUGUUGACGACAAGGGAAAUGUUUUCGUUGUUGGACAGGACUCGUGUAAUUGCAUUGUCAUAUCUCCAGAUAGAAAACAAUACAAAGAAAUUCUAACCAGGAAAAGUGGUCUCAGUUCACCCAGUUCAAUUUUAUUUGACAGGAUAAAGAAACAACUUUUAGUCACAAAUAAUUCGUCCAUUGCAAAUGUUUAUAACAUUUCAUAUUUUUAA